ACGAACUUCACAUGGAAAGUUUCAAAAACCACCCAAUAUUUCAUCAGACGCAAAAAAAAUGAGGAUGAAAUACAAGAAUACUUCAUAGAUGAAUGUAAGGCACUAAAAGUAUUACCAGAGAUAAAACUUCAUGUUGUAGACACACAUUCUAUACCAUUACUGAGUACUCAAAAACCAGAUUUUGUAUUCAUUCAAAAAGGAAAACCUCUAGAUCCAUUGAAUGUUGUAGCUGUUGGUGAAAUAAGAACUAGUCAUAAUUUUAAAAAUGCUGAUAUAGGACACGCAGUAGCAUUUGGUAAAAAGGUGCUCCAGCUUCAACUACAACGACAAUAUGUAUAUGCAGUGUUAACGGAUUGUAUCAUACGAAUCUUUAGAGGAGACAAUAAUCUAUUUUCGUAUAGAUACAUAUUACCCGAGCCAUUAACAUAUAAAACUUCUGAACCUCCAAAUAGUUGGAAAUAUUUGGUGACACUCGUGGAGAAUUCUCCGGACCAGUUGGGAUGGAUUGAGCCUUCAAUAAAUUUCGCAGAUGGAAAUACUAUAAAAACAGUAACAUUAGUUCGAUCUAUUAGUGUGGGUAGAACUAGUAUUGUAUAUGAGGGAACCCUUGAGAAUAAUGAAAGCUCUGUAGUCGUGAAAAAAAGCAAAAAACGCACAAUAUUUACAUUGCUUUACCAAUGA